UGAUGUCUAGAAGCAUAAUGAUGCCAUCUGUCAUGGGAGAUAUUUUCCUGAGAAGACACUUUUGCUGUCUCACCCUCUUCCUUCUUGCCACAAAGGGGGCGAGUCCAGCUCAUCUAGAAAUACAACCCCAAGAAUCUGAAAACACUUUCCCUCCACUCUGGCAGGUAGCGCCUGAAAACUUUGAAGAUUAUCCCAUCCAAGACCACAAGACUGUCAUUGAUCCCUGGAACUAUUUAGAGAGAUUGGGAAUGUAUAAGAUCUUGCUUAAAUUCUCAACUAAUUAUUUCAGGGGACUCGGACCUAACAACACCAACAAUAUUUUAUGGGGAUUGCCAUUACAGCACGGCUGGCAAUAUGGAUCAGGCAGAUUAGCAGAUCCCUUAAAUGCUACAGGGUGCGGCCAUAUGGAUGGAGACAAUCUGUGUGUAUCUGUAUUCAGCUGGUGGGCUUGUAUGAAUUACUAUCUGGCAGCUAUUCCCUUUCUUGGGGCACUGGAUAGCGGCUUCUUUGGAGAGCUACCAUAUGAGGUAGAACUAAUACCACCAGAUGAGCAAAGUACAGAUUUCUGCCACAGCAUUGCUGAAUGCAAUACCCAGAUGCCAAAAGUCAUGUCUGCCUGGAGGGAUUUCUUCAAGUAUCUCCUAUCUACUGCACCAAACUCUGAAACAACUACAAGUCUUCUUUUCUCAGAAGACAAAGCCCUAAGUUACAUAUGGAAAGCUCAUUGUCUCUCCAUUGAUUUUGCAUUUCCAAAGUUUAAAAAAAGACUCCCGUACCUCAAUGGACCUGAAAGCAGUUUUGGAGAGGCUUGGUCUACUGUGGUUCAUUUCCUUGCAGCCAUGCAUUUUCCUACAAAUCUUAAUGUUAUAAAUCAUUUCCAGACUGGAUUACCACCUCGAAUACUUUUGGAAGGAGACAAAGUACCCUUCAUUCAUGACUUCACUCUUCUGCAGAAUAAAGUGCUAUUUCUUCUUGAGAUUAUUCAUGCCACAAAUAAGAAUACAGGGAAUAUUCUACUGCUGUUAUGGAAAGGAGCCAUGUCCACUGAAGAAGGAAGACGUUUUGGUCGCAGUCUUGUUGAAAAGAUUUUUUCUACCCGUUCUGUGAAAUAGCUCGGCUUUACCCAACAGAAAUAAUGAGUUUCACUAUUUGCCCAGUGGUGUAUCACUUCGUAGAUUCUCUAGAUUAAGGCUAGAUGAGGCAUUUCAUGAUGUCAAAGGGACACGGUUCCUGUUGAGUUCUCCUUGAAGAGAAUUUUGCCUUGCCUUGAAACCUUAACUGGCAGUCACUCAAAAGCCUCUUCUGACUCUGGAACUGUUCAGUCAAGGACUUUGGAGAAAGGCCAAAGAAAGCUACACUUAUGCAACUGCUUUACUCUUAGUAGUUGUAGGGUGGGGGUGGAGGGUUCCCUUGCUUUUGAUGCAGCUUCAGAGUUUUCACUCAAGGCAACCUUCUUUGCAGUGAAGCGUCCCUUCAAAAAGCUGCAUAACUCUUCUAUUUACUGCCUUCUAUUUGGUUCAGUGUUGUUUGGAAGACUUUAGCUUUGUCAUAAAUAAAUUUUAAAAAUUAAAAUUGAAACUAACCACA